GAGCGGGUCCCGAGCGGGCCGCGGGACCCAAAAUCGAGGGGGGGGGCGGUGGGGGCAUAAGGAAGCUCCCUCGCCGGGGCCUCAGCGGUCUGAUGGAGUAAGAGGGGUCGGCUGUGAAGCCGGCGCGGGUUUAUGGGCAGGCGGUGCUUCUGGCUUCAGGGUACAGAUUCUCGCGGGGGCGUUCCAGCUCUGCUCCCAGUUCCAGCAGGAAACCUGGCUGCAGAUCCUUGACCUUUAGGGAAGGCCGCUGACCUCCUUGGGCCCCCAGUGCAGCAGGAAUCCCACAGACCAAGGUGCUUAAAGGCCUACAGGUCUCAGGCCAGGAACACCUUUCGACUUCUCGUGUGACGUUGAAUGCUUCAGAUCUGGUCACUAUGGUACGAGAACGAAAAUGCAUAUUGUGCCACAUUGUGUACAGCUCAAAAAAGGAGAUGGACGAACACAUGCGGAGCAUGUUGCAUCACAGGGAACUUGAAAACCUGAAGGGCAGGGACAGUAGUCAUGAGUGCCGAGUGUGCGGGGUCACAGAAGUGGGUCUCUCUGCGUAUGCAAAGCACAUUUCUGGCCAGUUGCACAAAGAUAAUGUUGAUGCCCAGGAACGAGAAGAUGAUGGAAAUGGAGAAGAAGAGGAAGAAGAUUAUUUUGACAAAGAACUUGUUCAGUUAAUAAAACAAAGGAAAGAACAAAGUCGAAAAAAAGAAUCUUCCCAUAGUAGCCAAGAAAUAAACUCUGAUGACAGACGACCUCAACGGAGACGAGAAGAUCGAAUCCCUUACCAAGACAGAGAGAGCUAUGGACAGCCAGCAUGGCAUCAUCGUGGACCUCAUCAGCGGGAUUGGAAGUGGGAUAAAGAUGGUUUUAAUAAUACUAGGAAAAACAGCUUUCAACAUUCUUUAAGGAAUAGUGGUGGACCACGAGGAUGUUCUGGGUGGCAUAAGGGUGUCUCAGGAAGCUCCUCAACUUGGUUUCACAGCCAUAGUAAUACUGGAGGUGGUUGGCAUUCAAAUAAUGGAAUGGUAGAUUGGAAUCAUAAUGGUACAGGAAGGAAUUCUAGUUGGCAUUCUGAAGGAACAGGUGGCUUUUCCAGUUGGCAUAUGAACAGCGGUAACGGAAACUGGAAAUCCAGUGCACGUAGUACAAAUAGUUGGAAUUACAGUGCCUCUGGCGACAAAUUUCAACCAGGAAGAAACAGAAAUUCUAACUGUCAAAUGGAAGAUAUGGCUAUGCUAUGGAGCAAGAAAUCUAAGUCAAACAAAUAUAAUCAAGAGAGAUAUAAAUGGCAGCGGCAAGAAAAUGACAAAGUUGGUACACUGGGAACAUAUAGAGGUCCUUCUGAAGGAUUUACGAGUGAUACUUUUCCUUCAGAAAGCUUACUUGACUAUAGUUUUGAGAAACUGGAAAGCCAAACCGCCAAACAUACAGAUACUGUAGCUUCCAAAAGUGCUGGGAAGAACAGCAGUGUAGCCAGGGAAAGGGUCCGUCGCUGGACUCCCUAUCCUACCCAGAAGGCUUUGGAUUCACAGUCAGGAGUAAAAGAAGCCACUGGUAACAAGUCAGAAAUGACAGACAGACCUUUCUUUGGUUUUAGUUUGGCAGCCACAGGAACACAAGAGCCCCAAACUGAUGAAAAAAAUAACUCCCCUACACUGAAAACCCAAAAAGAAACACAUAUGGAAUCUCUUAAACACAAAGCCACUUCUGACUGUAUUACUUCCUAUGAGGUGGUGGGAGAUUAUCCCAUUACAGAAAAACCUGAACAUGAGCCUAACUUAAAUAAGAUGCCAUCAUUAAAACCCGCACUCCUUCCAACUCCAGUCACCAAACCAAUUCCUCAAAUGCAGGGCUCAAAGAAUUCCUCAAAAACCACGAAAACAAAUUCUUUUCUCCCUGGGGAAAAGUCAAAUCACUUGAACAAACCCAUUAUGGAAGACAGUAACAGUCCAUACCUAUCCAAAUCGCAUGGUUCAUGCCCUCGUGUCUCAAAAGGGAAUAAAAGUACACUGGGCACUCAAAAGGAACCGGAUGAAAAUUUAAGUGAUACGUUACAAAAAGCCAAAGAGGUGCUACCCAGUCUUGAGUCAUUGCAAAGUCCUCUUCUGAGCACUUCUAAAAGGACCAGGAACUAUGCAAAAGGAAGUAGGAAUGUGGAAGAGUCUGAAAAAGGAUCUUUGAAGAUUGAGUUUCAAGUCCGCUCAUUAGAAGAUGAAAGUGAUGGAGAUAUAUCUGACCUAGAAAAGCAUGUAGGAAAAAUUGGAACCACGAGCUCUUCAACCACAGAAGUUUUAUCCAGCAGCAACACCCAUGCUACUGAUGAAAAAGAAGGGGAAGACCAAAACCUGAGCACAUCUAGAAAACUCUCCACUUCCUCAUUUAACCCAGCUGUUCACCAGAAACAGCCUGAAUUACAAAUGACACCUGUAGCUAGUCCACACUCUAGCUUACUGCUGGACUUGAACUUGAAAACCUCUCUAGAAGAUGCACAGGUUGAUGACCCAAUAAAAUCUCCAGUAUCAUAUGAAACAGAAGGAUUUGAGAGUACUAGUUUGGAUGUAGAGCUUCAAAAAAGUGAUAUAGGUCAGCCUGCAGGCCCUCUCCUGCCUGAACUAAGUAAACUUGGCUUUCCCGCCUCACUCCAGAGAGAUCUAACCCGCCACAUUAGUUUGAAGAGCAAAACUGGAUCACACCUUCCUGAGCCAAACCUCAACAGUGCUCGCCGCAUUCGCAAUAUUAGUGGACAUCGAAAGAGUGAGACAGAGAAGGAAUCUGGACUCAAGCCAACCCUUCGGCAGAUUCUAAAUGCAUCUCGGAGAAAUGUCAACUGGGAGCAGGUCAUUCAGCAAGUAACCAAGAAAAAGCAAGAGCUAGGCAAAGGCUUGCCCAGGUUUGGCAUAGAAAUGGUGCCUCUAGUUCAAAAUGAGCAAGAGGUCUUAGAUUUGGAUGGAGAACCUGAUCUGUCCAAUCUAGAAGGAUUCCAGUGGGAAGGUAUUUCCAUUUCUUCAUCCCCUGGGUUGGCAAGGAAACGAAGCCUUUCUGAGAGCAGCGUGAUCAUGGACAGGGCUCCUUCCAUGUAUAACUUCUUCAGUGAGGAAGGUACAGGCAAAGAAAACGAGCCUCAGCAAAUUUCACCCAGUAACUCAUUGAGGGCCGCAACCAUGGGACUCAAGCAGGAAGUGACACCUCUGGCUGCCUCAGAAAGGGCUGAAAAUAUUACUGCCCGAAGGCGACAUAGUGCUCAGUUAUCUUCCGAUCAUGCUGUACCUUUGAUGCAUUUUGCAAAAGACCUGAACAGUCAGGAUAGUCCUGUACCACCUUCAGAGAAUCAGAAUGCCCAGGAGAGUAAUGGAGAAGGAAAUUCUUUAUCAUCAAAUGCAUCCCCGGCCCUUGCAGUCUCCAGUUUGGCAGAUGCAGCCACAGAUAGUAGCUGUACCUCGGGUGCUGAACAAAAUGACAGCCAGGGUAUUAGAAAGAAACGAAGAGCCACUGGAGAUGGAUCUUCUCCUGAACUUCCAAGUCUUGAGAGGAAAAACAAAAGAAGGAAAAUUAAAGGAAAGAAAGAACGUUCUCAGGUUGACCAACUGCUGAAUAUUUCUUUAAGGGAGGAAGAACUAAGCAAAUCAUUACAGUGCAUGGAUAACAAUCUUUUGCAAGCCCGUGCAGCACUUCAGACAGCUUACGUUGAAGUUCAGAGGCUACUUAUGCUCAAGCAGCAGAUAACUAUGGAGAUGAGUGCACUGAGGACCCAUAGAAUACAGAUUCUACAGGGAUUACAAGAGACAUACGAACCUUCUGAGCAUCCAGACCAGGUUCCCUGUAGCCUUAUCCAAGAACAAAGGAACAGUAGACCUCAGACGUCUGCUGAUGCUACGCUGCUGCCUACUCCCUUUUUCCCAGUGUUUCUGGAGUCUCCAUCUUCUCAUGUGUCUCCAUCAUCCACUGGAGCCCCUCUCCAAGUAACCCCACCUCCUACUUUCCAAGUCCAUGGAGGUGUUCCUGCUCCAGACUCAUCAGUUCAGAUUAAACAAGAACCCAUGUCUCCUGAGCAAGAUGAGAACGUGAAUGCUGUCUCAGGAAGCUCAGCCUGCAGUGUGACCAAGGAAUUACUGCAAGCUAAUAGAGAGAUCACUGACAGUGGUCCAGUUUAUCCAGAGAUCACACCACCAUUGUCUGUAUCAGAACUAAGGGAAAAUUUCCAUGAACCUAGCCAAGAACUGAAGUUUUCCAUGGAGCAAAGAAAUUCCAGAAACAGAGAAAAUGUCCCCUCUUCCCAAUCAAUUGGUUCUCCUGCCCUAAAUAAAGAAGGCGAAGAGCCAGCCAAGGGAAACAGUGGGUCUGAAGCCUGUACCAGUAUUUUUCCAAGAUUGUCCUUUGCUUCAGAAACCCCUAUAGAGAAAGAGCCUCACUCUCCAGCUGACCAGCCUGAACAACAGGCAGAGUCUACUCUGACAUCAGCUGAAACUAGAGGAAACAAGAAAAAGAAGAAACUUAGGAAGAAGAAAACUUUACGGGCCACCCAUGUACCUGAGAACAGUGACACUGAACAGGAUAUAUUUACUGCUAAGCCUGUAAGAAAAGUGAAAACUGGAAAGUCACCUAAAGGGGGGAAAGUAACAACCUCCACCUGGGAAGAUAGAACUGGCCCAGAACAAGAGAGUGUCAGAGAUGAGCCAGAUAGUGACUCAUCUCUGGAAGUUUUAGAAAUCCCUAAUCCUCAGUUUGUAGUAGUAUCUAUCGAUUCUUCUGAAUCUGGAGAAGAAAAGCCGGACAGCCCAUCUAAAAAGGAUGUUUGGCAUUCCACAGAGCAAAACUCAUUAGAAACCUCUCGUUCUGGCUGUGAUGAAGUAAGCUCAACCAGUGAGAUUGUCACUCGCAAUAAAGAUGGCAUCCCUGUAAGUGUGGCAGAAACUCAGACGGUGAUCUCUUCUAUAAAAGGAUCAAAGCACUCUUCAGAAAUUUCUUCAGAGCCAGGAGAUGAUGAUGAACCCACAGAAGGGAGUUUUGAGGGGCACCAAGCUGCAGUUAAUGCAAUUCAAAUAUUUGGAAACUUAUUGUAUACCUGUUCAGCAGAUAAAACUGUCCGAGCUUACAAUCUGGUGAAUCGGAAGUGCAUUGGUGUCUUUGAGGGACACACCUCCAAAGUGAACUGCCUCUUAGUUACUCAAACCGCUGGGAAGAAUGCUGCCCUUUACACUGGUUCCAGUGAUCACACCAUUCGGUGCUAUAAUGUUAAGACUCGAGAAAGCAUGGAACAGUUAGAGUUGGAAGACCGGGUUCUCUGCCUCCACAGCAGAUGGCGAAUCCUCUAUGCGGGACUGGCGAAUGGCACUGUGGUGACCUUCAGCGUAAAGAACAACAAGCGACUUGAGAUCUUUGAAUGCCAUGGCCCUCGGGCUGUCAGCUGUCUGGCCACAGCUCAGGAAGGUGCCCGCAAACUGCUGGUUGUGGGGUCUUAUGACUGUACCAUUAGUGUUCGUGAUGCACGGAACGGACUGCUCCUCAGAACUCUGGAGGGCCACAGCAAGACUAUUCUUUGCAUGAAGGUGGUGAAUGACCUUGUGUUCAGUGGUUCCAGUGACCAGUCCGUUCAUGCCCACAACAUUCACACUGGUGAGCUUGUGCGGAUCUAUAAAGGUCACAAUCAUGCUGUGACUGUGGUGAACAUCCUAGGAAAAGUGAUGGUGACUGCUUGCCUGGAUAAAUUCGUUCGUGUCUAUGAAUUACAGAACAACAAGCGACUUGAGAUCUUUGAAUGCCAUGGCCCUCGGGCUGUCAGCUGUCUGGCCACAGCUCAGGAAGGUGCCCGCAAACUGCUGGUUGUGGGGUCUUAUGACUGUACCAUUAGUGUUCGUGAUGCACGGAACGGACUGCUCCUCAGAACUCUGGAGGGCCACAGCAAGACUAUUCUUUGCAUGAAGGUUUCUAUGCAGUGGCAUGGUUGCUCUCUGAUAUUUGGGGUUGUAGAUCAUUUAAAACAACAUUUGCUGACUGACCAUACGAAUCCAAACUUUCAAACUCUGAAAUGUCGUUGGAAAAACUGUGAUGCUUUUUUCACUGCUAGAAAAGGAUCCAAGCAGGAUGCUGCAGGACACAUUGAACGGCAUGCUGAAGAUGACAGCAAAAUUGAUUCAUGAAGUUUUUUGCCUCCCAUGAUGGGAAGUCAUUAAUGCAACUAAUAUCACAUUGGCCCCUCACACAGGCCACACUCUCCUUCCACAGGGAAGCAGGGAAGGAAGGGAAGGAGAACGUGGUUGGUUACCAGCCCGGCUUACCAUUAGCAUAAGUCUGGGCGGCUCUGUGGGGUGAUAUGUUAUACUUUAAGUUCUUGCUGGACAUUUGUCAGAUUUAAACAGAUUUUAAAGAACCAUCCUCCUCUGGAAUGGCAUGGCAUAUAGUAAUUUAUGCUACUAAUGUUCUCCAGAUGUUUAUUAAAGAUACAGACUACAGUUGGUUACCCAGCUUGGGCUUGAUCAUAUAUAUUUUUUUAAUUUCAGUUUGUGAUUUUUAGUUGAUGUUCUUUAUGAUGAUUUAAACCUGUAGUCAGGCUGUUAAGUGCAAGUUUGUUCAAAUGCUAGACUUCUAGGAUCAGCUCUAAUUUUUCUAGUUGUAGUAACUGCAUUUGAGUUGAAAGCAAAUAGUUUUCUUUCUUAACAUUUAUGUUCAGUGUGUUUCAAGAUUCUCCUGCUUGUAGAUGGACAGAGCUGGCUUAAAUGCAGGUCUUGAUAGAGUGCAUAUUCGUGGCAGUGCACAGUUAAGGCUUACCUGGAAUUUUGCCUUUAGACUGCAUACUCACUGCUGUAGGUAUUGUCAGUGUGUUUAAGCUGGAGGUGUGACCUUUAUCUCCAUUUCCAGUUUCUGACUCUACAAG